CAAUCUCAAAGCUAACAAGUGAGCGAGAAACCUGGAUGAGAGCUGGGCGGACCUUCAGUAUUCCGCCUGGCUCGGAUGUUUAUGCCUAUCGCCUACCUUUGUGCGUUGCACUUCGCUGAAGCUUUUGCUGUGCCCGACUUGGCUGCGCAUCCAGCCUCCCCAGGAGAGGCGCUGCAGCAACUGCAGCAGCAGUCGCCCCUCACCGAGUGGGGCAUGCAAAGCAUGAGUGCCGUGCCGGAGAUGCCGCUGGUGCAGCCAAACCUCAAGGGCACAGCCAUCAUGCGAUCGUUAUUGGCCGGCCUCUCAACCUCCCUGGGCGCCGGCAUUGUUCUACUUCUGCGGGGCGCGCCGACAUCCAGCCAGAUGGCCUUCGCGUUGGCGUUGGCCGCCGGCGUCAUGUUGACGGUCUCGCUUGUUGAGCUCUUCAUCCCGGCCUUCCUGCAUGGCCAGUGGAUGCAGGCUGGUCUCUCCGGGCUCGCAGGCUUUCUCAGCUUUGUGAUCCUCAGGAGGUUAGUCUCGGAGCCAGAGAUGGGCUGCGGCAAGAAGGACGAGGACCUCUCCUGCGAUCCGGAGAAGGGCCAUUCCCGGGACUCGGCGGAGCCCAAAGCCAGGCAGUGGAGGCUAGCCUUCCUGAUGAUGCUGGCUCUCACUGCCCAUAAUUUUCCGGAAGGACUCGCGGUUGGCGUUUCCUCUCUCCAAAGCGAGCAUUUGGGGGUUGUGGUCAUGGCGGCGAUCGCGGUCCACAACAUCCCGGAGGGCAUCGCCAUCGCCAUGCCAGUCCUGGAGGCAACCAAUGACCGCUCUCGGGCCAUGCUGAUGGCAACCCUCUCGGGAUUGGCCGAGCCUUUGGGUGCGUUGAUCGCUGUGACUGUCCUGCCACCUGGAGCGCUGACUGGACCAGG